AUUCCAGUGUACUUUGAUGUUAAUGAUUGUGUAUUGUAUUUUCUCUCUGCUCUGGUUCUCCCUGUCCUUGAUCAUAUUCAGAACGCCUUUGUUUGCAUCUACUUGAUUAAUGGCUUCACACAGCUAAUAGACCUGUCAACCACUCUAUCAGACGUGGCUGGAUACACCCACAGGAUCGGGGAGAUGAGGGAGGUGAUGGACGACAUCCUACACACGCAGUGUGACUAUGACCCAGCGUCGGGAGAAAGCUAUGACUUUGACAGUGACUUCAACAUCCACGCAGGCCCAGUGGACACUGCCUUCAUCCUGGACCAUCUUUCAUAUAAAUCCCCUUACUCUGAUCAGCUGCUCGUGGAAGAGCUCAGUCUGAAAAUCAGUCAGGGAACUCAUCUGCUGGUGGUGGGGAACACAGGCACGGGCAAAACAUCCCUGCUCAGGGUCCUUAACCGACUCUGGGAGGCACACAGUGGUUUUGUCCAGAUGACGACGUGCUUCGGGCCUAGAGGAACACUCUUCCUGCCUCAGAAACCGUACCUGACCGAUGGCACACUGCGUGAACAGGUCAUCUACCCACUGAAGGAUAUUUACCCUGUAUCAGGGUCAGUAGACGAUGACAGAAUUAUACAAUUCCUGGAAUUAGCUGGAGUGUCCAGUCUCUUGAAGCGCACAGGUGGGCUGGAUGAAAAUGUGGACUGGAACUGGUAUGACGUUCUGUCUCCGGGUGAAAUGCAGCGUCUCUGCUUUGCACGACUUUUCUACCUGCAGCCCAAAUACGCAGUGUUGGAUGAGGCCACCAGUGCUUUGACAGAGGAAGCAGAGGCACAACUGUACAAGACCUGUAAGCAGCUUGGUAUGACUUUGAUCAGCCUGGGACACCGCAGCAGCCUGGAGAAGUACCAUGAUGUCCAGUUGAAACUGUGUGGAGGCGGCAGAUGGGAGUUAACCCAGUUAAAAGGAGGCAGCAGCAGCAGCAGCAGCCUCAACCACAAAGAUGAAACCAUGUGAUCAUUUCUAUGAAAACCAGAACGUAAACAAUCCUGUAUUCCUCAGUUUCUGACACUCAAAUGCUCUUUGAAAGAUUGUUUGUAUUUUAUAUGUAUUCACAGGUAUUUAAAGGGAACGUCGUUUUAUCCCUUGUUGGUUUGGGAAAAGAAAAUAAAUGGGUGUGGAAGAUUC